AGUGCGGCGGCGCGGGUUAUCGAGCGUGGGCGGCGCGCAUGCCAGUACCCGAGCCUCCAUACCGCGAUAUGCACUACCCGCUCGCAUCUCCUGCUAAAUCUCUACUCUCGCUACAUCCCAAAGUGACGUGUCGCGGGCGAACGAUGUAGAAACCAGCGGGAAGCCCCAUUUAAAUUUAAGAAAUUAUAAAUAAGAAGUGAUAAUUAUGACAAGCAAUAUUUUAAUAAAAUAUAAUGGGCUCAAGAAUACUCGCAUGUAAAGAGUGUGAGCCCUUAAAUUCGAGCAUAUCAAAAAUAUGGACAUUCAGAAACAACACUUAUGCCCGCGGCUGGUGGACUAUCUGACUAUAGUUGGUGCACGCCCUUAUACUUCUGGGAAAGGACUCGCUCCAGUUCAGGCACCCGAGCUCCUCCGUCGGUAUCCGCUCACCAACCACGAUGACUUCCCGCUGCCGCUCGACAUGGUGUACUUCUGCCAGCCCGAGGGCUGCGUGUCGCAGGGCCCCCGCCGCAUGCCGGGCCACCUGGCCACGCGGGACACCACCUCCUUCGUCUUUACUCUCACGGAUAAAGACUCGGGCAAGACGCGGUACGGGAUCUGCGUGAACUUCUACCGCGCGAUGGAGCGCGCGGCGGCGCCGGGCCCGCGCGAGCGCAGCGUGCUGCGGCGCGAGUCGUGGCGCAAGUCCAUGGAGAAGAGCUCCGACUCCGCCUUCUCCAGUGACUAUAGGAGCAGCAACGUGGCGCCGAGCGACUCGGAGCGCGAUUGCAGCGCCGCGCUGGCGCCGCGUCUUGCACCUGACUCCGAGUCGGGCGGCAGCCACUCGCCAAGCCCCCGCGCCACUAGGAAACGUCAGCGCGUGCGGAAUCAUUCCUUAACCUCAUUAUGUUUACUUUCUCAUCACCCAUUCUUUUCAACGUUCCGAGAGUGCCUAUUUAUCCUAAAGAAGUUAAUAGAUGCCUGCAAUGAGUCUUCCAGUCCUCGAAGAGUCGGGGCGUCCAGACAAAUAUUUAGGGAUACGGUUUGGUCAGUAUUGACGGGUCAAGCAUACGACAAUACGCCGACGAUCGUGCUACAUGACGUAAAGGAGAUCGAAACAUGGAUCCUUCGGCUGCUAUCAGCUCCUGUACCGGUACCGGGCAAGACCCGCUUAGAACUUGAAGUUCUAUCGCCCACGGCUCACGCGCCUCUACUGUUCGCGUUGCCUGACCACACCCGGUUCGCCCUGGUCGAUUUCCCACUACAUUUACCUUUGGAGCUGUUAGGUGUGGACACCUGCCUGAAGGUCCUCACGCUGAUUAUCCUCGAAAACAAAGUGGUGGUGCAAUCGCGCGACUACAACGCGUUGUCAAUGUCGGUGAUGGCACUCGUGGCUAUGCUGUAUCCUCUGGAGUACAUGUUUCCCGCCAUCCCGCUUCUGCCCAGCUGCAUGAGCUGUGCGGAGCAGCUGCUGCUGGCUCCGACACCCUUCCUGAUUGGAAUACCGGCUACGUUCCUCACUUAUAAGAAGAACUUCAGGUUACCUGAUGAUAUAUGGCUAGUGGACUUAGACGCGACAAAGCUCGUAUGUCCCACUGGCCAAGACCAAGAACUGCCGCCACUACCGGAGCCUGAAGGCUCCGUAUUGAAAAACCACCUCAAGCAGGCGGUGCAUCUCAUGGGAAGUGCCGGAACUGGUGCUCUGAACAGCCUGACCAACACCUCUGCGGAACAAGCGAAUGCUCUUCUGAUGCCUUCUAGAAGAGACAGUGUGGGGGGCGCUACGCUAAAAGUGCAACAAGCGUCGUACCGCGCUGCGGACGGCGCGUGGCCGCACAGCACGCCCGAGAGCCGCCGCGUGUCCGUGGGCAGCGCGGGCGCGGCCGGGCCCGCCAGCGCCGGACACACGCCCACGCGCCUGUCGCUGGCCUCGCCGCACCAGCCGCAGCCCUUCAACCCGCUCAUAUACGGCAACGACGUCGACUCCGUCGAUGUGGCCACGCGCGUCGCUAUGGUCCGUUUCUUCAACUCACAAAAUAUCCUGGCGAAUUUUAUGGAACACACGCGAACACUGCGUCUUUAUCCCCGGCCUGUGGUGGCUUUCCAAAUCAACAGCUUUCUAAGGUCAAGACCGAGAACUACAUCUUUCUUGAAUAAAUUCGCCAGGACACAGGCAGUAGAGUUCUUAGCUGAGUGGUCACUCACGCCUUGCAACGUGGCAUUCCUUCGGGUGCAGACGGGUGUAUUCGACCCGCGGCAGAUCGGUGACAAGCCCAAGUGGUUCGCUGACCAACUACAGCCGAUCCGAUUUGCGGUCUGGGACGAUGGAAGCUCGCUCAAUGGCGCUUUGAGGCAGUUGCAACGGCAAGAAAACCAACCUACAGAUGAGAGUGGUUCAGACUCAGAUGCCGCGGAAAGUACAAGCUCGUCAUAUUCGUCUCUGAGUGACUUUGUAUCAGAAAUGGUCUCGUCAGAUCUGUCACCAGGUGGUGGAAAUGCUCAUCAGCAUGUGAUUGGAGAAACGUAUAGUGCUGUUGUUCAAGUUCCAAUGACAUUAUCAUCAUCGUUGGAUCCUAGAACGGUGUACAGUCCGCCGUCAUCGUUAAUGUUCGGCGAGGGCUCGGAAGCGGCGCCGGCGCAGGGCCGCGAGUCCACGUCGCCCUCGCCCUCCGCCUCCAGCUCCGAGCAUAGCGACCUGUCCGAUGACGAAGCCGCCGCAGAACCGAGACACGCGGACGCUAUGCACGCCACGCCUGUUAAGAAGAGCGACACCGACAGCGGCAGCUUCGGGCGCGAGUCGGACUCAAACUCGACGACGACGCCCAAGACGGUGGUGAGCCGCCAGCGCGCCGCGGCCGACAGCACCAGCACCAGCGACUCGGACCGCGCGCUCACGCCCUCGCACCACUCCCUGCCGCCGCACCAAGCCCAUGUCAAGAGCACUAGCAGCGGCGUCUCGCGACAAGCUUCCCAGAGUUCUCUUCUAGAGCAGUUCGCAGCGCAAGCCAAGGAGCUGGUACGAGAAACCACUCGCCAGAGUAGCCAGGAAGGCUUACUGGCCCAUAUGGACAAGCUUACACUUCACGCCAAAAAAGCCGCAGAAGAAGCGUCAAAAAGUAUGCAAGAAGCAUCUAAAUCCGCCUUAGAAGCAAGCAAGACGGCAACGGCGGUCAGCAAAAACACGUUCGAAGAUCUAACUUACGUGGGAAAAUCAACUUUCGGAGACCUGACUAAAAGUGCUAAAGAAGCUGCUGCUAAGAAAGGUCUGCUGAUGAAGGGUGAGAGCCAAGACUCUACGGGCAGUGCGACCUCGCGGCGCGACUCGACGGCUCUCCAGACCACCAACCUGCUGACGGCCACACACCGAGACUUCUUCUCCAACAUCAGUUCUGAUCUGAAUGGCCUGGCUGCUUCCACUUCCAGCAUGUUCAGCGACUUCUUUGGUUCUAAAGGCAAGCAAGUAAAGCCAGCCGAAAGCCCCCGCUCUGCUCCGCCGGGCCCGCAAGCGUCGACACCUCUAUCGGCGACGUUCGGGCCCUUCUCUCAAGGAGCGCGGGGCUUGGUGCAGCGCACGCCGCUUAUACGACACGCCCCGCCCACUACCGCGUCAUCACCGCCUGCCACUAGACCUUCGGCUAAUUCCGAAAACCAGGCCUUCCUCAAUGAUUUGGUGCAACACGUGUUAGAAGGCGAGGGCGUCGGGUGGCUGAAACUUAAUCGUCUAAAGAAGUUGAUGGAAGACGAGUCCUACCGCAACAUGGUGCUAAGCAAGCUGAAUAGAAACUUUAAUAGGAAAGCCACGCCGAACGACAAGGUUGAUGACGUGUUCGUCAGCAAGCCCGUCUGGAAAGGGAUGCUCAAAGUUCUCCAAGCUGUCGUCCACGGUCUCGAACACACAUACUCUAACUUCGGCCUAGGCGGCAUGGCGUCAGUGUUCCAACUUGCAGAGAUGGCUCACACGCACUACUGGAGCAAAGAGCUGGCAGGACUUGAACAUGGCGGGCUGGCUGGUCUCGGGGACCAUUAUGGAAGGCACGAGCUGGAGACGCCGUCAACCUCGCCGUCGUCUAGGAAGAGCUCGCAGACAGAUGUCCCUAUAGUGAACUACCCCGAAAUGGAUUCGAACGACACACAGAGCACCACAGAGAUGUUCAAAGACAUGUUGAACCAAAAGAGAAAUCUUCUGUUCAGCAAGUUGACAUCCUUCGAGUCCGAUGCCGCGCCCUCGUCGGACUGCUCGGCCGACGAGAGCGGCUCGAUCACCACCAACCGAGCCAAUCUGUACGACCACCGCGCCUCGUUUAAGUCCAACCUCUCUGACACUGAUGUCAUGUUCCUCAAUGUUGGCCGGGGUGCAAAUGCUUCUGGAAAACCUCGCGCAGCCAGUGUAUUCUCUUCCAAGUCCUCGCUCAGUGGGUAUAGACCACCUGUGGGUGUUCCCACCACGUCACCUCUCACUUCACCCGAUACAGCAAGGACUUAUCUCUACCAAGGACUUAUUGGGAAAGAGAGGUCGAAUUUAUGGGACCAAAUGCAGUUUUGGGAAGACUCGUUUUUGGACGCGGUGAGCCAAGAAAGGGACAUGAUUGGCAUGGACCAAGGUGCUAACGAAAUGAUGGAGCGGUACAAAUGUCUGAGCGAGACGGAAAGAAAACGUCUCGAGCAUGAGGAGGACAGACUUCUGUCAACUGCGCUGUACAACUUGACGGCAGCGUUGGUGUUGUUCGGAGUCGAACCUGACAUAGUGCGGAAUAAAGUCCGUCGGUUGCUCGCAAAGAGUCAUAUUGGACUGGUAUACAGUCAAGAAGUUAAUCAUCUUCUCGAUGUUGUGCAUACUUUGCACGGCAAUGACAUCGAGUUAAAGCCGCUUGGCUCGCGGCAGCUGCGGCGAGCGUCAUUCACGGUGCAUGAGGGUGACGCCAGCGGAGAGCUGCGGUUCAUUGAAGUGCGAGACGACGGCCUCGUGCUGCGUUCCACGCAAGGUACCAUCAUAGAACGUUGGUGGUACGAGCGGCUGGUGAACAUGACGUACAGUCCAAAAAUACGAGUUUUGUGCCUUUGGAGGAAGAAUGGCGGUCAGACGCAACUUCAUAAAUAUUACACCAAAAAGUGCAAAGCGCUGUACUACUGCAUCAAAGAGGCCAUGGAGAAGAGCGGCCGGCGGCAGGACGCGGCCGAGCUCGGCGGGGAGUUCCCCAUACAGGACUGCGCCUCGGGCGAGGGCGGCCUCAUACAGGUGUGCAUGGAAGGCGUCGGACUCCUGUUCCACCACAGCAAGGAUUUCGAGUUUUUUGUGCGGCUUGAUCACAUUAGAAAAUGCUUCACACAGAAUGGCGGUAUCUUCGUUUUAGAAGAAUUUAAUCCAAAAACCAGGCAAAUUAUCCAGAGAAAGUACAAAUCCAUUAUGGCAGAGAAAGUAGUGCUUGACCUCCAUCGUUUCUUCUCCAUAUGGCUUUCUCGGUACUAUGUCCAGACCAAUGGAACUGAACUGAAUUAUGCACCUUACGUUUCAUAGCCCAUACCGAUGCGGACCAAAUAUGCUACGCGGUGUUGUGCGUCUUCUCGUACUUCGCGGCGGGGCAGGAGCAGAAGAAGGCCAUCCUGGAGCAGGCGGCCCGCGUGCCCCCCGCGCCGCACCUCGCGCCGCCCCGCGCCUCUCACGCCUCGCACUCCGACUCCGAGCUGUCGCCCAAGAGGACCAGUCCUCAGGUGGAGAGAAAAUCACCCGUCAACCGUGCGGGUGAGGCUCGGGCGUCGUUCGCCAAGGGCGAGGUCCCAACGGC